UGUAAGGAAAAUAAAUUGGCAAUCUUUUUUAACGUACACGACGAAAGCACUACGACUUGAAAGCAAAAACAAACGCGUAUACUGUACAAAAAUAACAACAAAAACGGAAAAACAAACGCAGCUGCGUCUUUUUAGUUUUUUCUUCUUCGGCAACCUUUCUCUCCUUCUUCCACCAAUGGACAUUCUACCACCGCUGCAACAACUACACCCACAAGAGCAAUCUCUGAACCUCGACAACAUCAAUGCCCUCAAAAUCCUCGGCAAAGGCUCCAUGGGAACCGUCUUCUUAGUCCACCACACCACAACCGACCCCUCCGCCCGUUUUCCUUUCGCCCUGAAAGUGGCCGACAAGCCCUCUCUUCAUUCCAAGCACGACGCUGAUCGUCGUGCCCGUUGGGAAAUCAAGGUCCUGACCCGGCUUUCGCAUCCCUUUCUUCCCAAGCUGAUGGGAUUUUUCGAGACUAAGGAUUUGCUUGCCUGGGCUGUCCCUUAUUGUCCCGGUGGCGACCUUAACGUCCUACGUUACCGUCAGAACGACCGGGUUUUCUCUCCUGCCGUUAUUCGUUUUUACUUGUCGGAGAUUAUUUGCGCGCUUGAGUAUCUUCAUAAUAUGGGGAUUGCUUACAGAGAUUUAAAGCCUGAAAAUGUUUUGGUUCAACAGUCGGGUCACGUGACACUUACGGAUUUUGAUCUCUCUCGCAACCUGGCUAAAAAAACCAUCAAUUCAACGACCACCUUGGAGAAACGAAGCCAUAAGGUUCCAGUUCCGGAGAUUUCGAAGAAACAUCGAAGAGCAUUGACUCGUUGGAUCCAAGCUUUCAACGAUAACAAAAACGGGUUAAUGAGGGCGAAAUCGGCCAGAGUCAGCCCCGUUUCUCGGAAGAAACCGAGUUUCGACAACGGUGAACGGUCCAACUCGUUUGUGGGAACAGAAGAGUACGUAUCACCUGAGGUGGUGCGUGGCGAUGGACACGAGUUCGCUGUUGAUUGGUGGGCUCUGGGUAUCUUGACGUACGAGAUGUUGUAUGGAACAACGCCAUUCAAAGGCAAGAACCGAAAAGAAACCUUUCGAAACGUUCUGAUGAAGUCGCCGGAGUUCUUAGGUAAACGGACGGACUUGAUGGAUUUAAUCGAACGGCUUUUGGAGAAGGAUCCCAUGAAAAGAUUGGGAUAUGAACGGGGCGCGUGUGAGAUCAAGGAGCACGUGUUCUUCAAAGGCGUAAAAUGGGACCUACUAACGGAUGUAUUACGGCCACCGUUUAUCCCUUCGAGAGAAGACUGCCAGUUAACGGAGAAAGUAACGGGUGGUGGACAAGUGAUAAACAUAAGAGAGUAUUUUCAGAAUUUGAGAGCUCCACCACCUUCAAUGCCGCCGUCGCCAAUACCGUCACCAUCGCCCGGGCAAUGCCAGGGAAAAGCUUCUUUCACAGAGUAUUGACCGACGCCCGUGUGGGAUAUGACUCGUGUAAGGAUAGUAUAGGUAUUAAUUUUAAUUGUGUAAAUAAAAAAAUUUUUAAAAUAAAAAAAUAAUGGUAGAAAGCGUAAAACGUCCA